UUCUCAAUUAUAGUUUUAUCAGGGUUCUGAACUUUGCUACUACCUUACAGGUUCUUCUGUCUGGUGGCCCAAUCCAUUGCCCCACACAUGGGUUUCUAGCCCCUAUAUAGUGCAAACUUAGAAGAUGCUUCCUGGUGGUGGUUUGGAGAGACGAAACUAUGUCUUAUCAUUAAUUAUUAUGUGAGAGCCUAAGAAUUUAAUGGGAGGAAAAGUGUGGAAGAGGACUAGGAUCCAAAUUGGCGUAUUUCCCGAUCCUCGCUGCUCUCUCGGCCCUUCCGCCAGCCUCAAUACCAGGGUGUAUCUCCCUUACUUCAUCCCUGAAACAGCCUCUUUAACCCGUUUAAAUGAGAAUGUCCUUGGCACAGAGAGUACUGCUCGCCUGGCUUUUCACACUGCUCUUCUUCAUCGUGUUGGUGUUGAAACUGGAUGAGAAGGCACCCUGGAACUGGUUCCUCGUAUUUAUUCCAGUCUGGAUCUUUGACACUAUCCUUCUUGUCAUGCUGAUUGUAAAAAUGGCUGGACUGUGUAAGUCUGGCUUUGACCCCCGACAUGGAUCACACAAUAUUAAAAAAAAAAAGCCUUGGUACCUCAUCACAAUGUUACUGAAGUUAGCCUUCUGCCUCACACUGUGUGCUAAACUGGAACAGUUUACUACCAUCAAUCUUUCCUAUGUCUUCAUUCCUUUAUGGGCCUUACUGGUUGGCGCUCUAACAGAACUUGGAUAUAAUGUCUUUUUUUGUGAGAGACUGACCUCCGAGUACAUCAACUCAUUUAUGUUGCUGUUCAACAAGCUCUACAGUAUUUUAAAUCUUUACAAUUUUCAAGAAUAACAGAACCAAGGGAAAAUACCAAGUGUAGUCUUAAACUACUAUAAAACAGGAUUGGUGCGGCAUGAACUUGUAGCCAACCCAAAGCUAAAUUAUUGAAUAUUUGAGUUGAUAUCUUUAUUAUCCCUGUGUAAAUAAAGCUUGUUUCUGACCUCA